UCUGAUAGUUGAUUGCACGAGAAAGCAGUAUGGUAACGCUUUUUUAUUUCGCUGUUCUAAUAGCUUUGGUAAAAAGCCAUGGGCGUAUCCUCGAGCCUCCAGGAAGAUCUUCCGCUUGGCGGACUGGCUAUAGCGCGCCUAUAAACUACGACGACGACCAACUCUAUUGUGGGGGCUUUACGCGUCAGCAUAACGUAAAUGAAGGAAGGUGUGGAAUAUGCGGGGACGCAUGGGACACUCCGACACCUCGCGAGAAUGAAGAUGGCGGUCUGUACGGAACUCGAAGGGUUUAUCGUACCUAUUCAAAGGAUGAAACGGUAGACGUAACAAUUGAAAUAACAGCUCACCAUAAGGGGUAUUUCGAAUUUCGUCUUGCGCCCGCUUGGAGCAAUAAUGGUACGACACAAGCGGAGCUGGACAAGCAUCUUCUUUACAUCGAAGAAAGCAAGUCGACAAGGUACACUCUACCUCCUGGAUCAGGUAAUGGUCUAUAUGAAUUCCGCGUAAGACUGCCUACUAACGUUACCUGCGAGCGAUGUGUCAUGCAGUGGCAUUGGUGGACGGGUAACCGAUGGGACAUUUGUCCUGAUGGCCGUGGUCAAUUAGGUUGUGGACCCCAGGAAACUUUCAGGGGGUGCUCCGAUAUUGCUAUUAGAUAGCAAGAUAUCAUCUAGUGUUG